AUGUUUUUAGUUGCUUUAGCUCAUCCAAGGUUUGAUGCACAAGGAAAUGAACUUUUCUCUGGAAAAAUUGGCGUGUUUCCUUUUGUCACACAAGAGCCAACUAAAAGGACAAGUGUUAAUAGAGUUGCAGGAACAUUAGAAACAAAACCAAUAACUUCAGUCAAAAGAGAAGUUAUAAGAUCAUUCUUACUUGAAAAAGUCCUACCUGCCAUCAAGGCAAACUGGCCAAGAGAAGACUUCAAAUAUCCAAAAUUUAUUCAACAAGACAAUACAAGAACACACAUUAAUCAUAACAACGAUGAAUUUUGUCGAUUAGCUACAGAAGAUGGAUUUGAUAUUCGUUUAAUGUGUCAACCUGCAAAUUCUCCAGAUUUGAAUGUUUUAGAUCUCAGAUUCUUUAGUGCUAUUCAAUCCUUACAGUAUAAAGAGUCACCUAAAACCGUUGACGAGCUUGUUAAUGCUGUUGUGAAUUCAUUUGAAGCUUUUUCUAUAGUGAUGUCUAACUAUAUAUUUUUAACAUUGCAAAUGUGCUUGACAGAAAUCAUGAGAGCAAAAGGUUCCCGUAAAUAUAAAAUUCCACAUGUUAAGAAAGCAAUGUUGGAAAUGGAAAGUGAAGGCCAACUUCCUAGUUAG